AUGACGACAAGAAAUCAGCCUGAUGACAAAAAAUACACAUGUGUGGAUCCAGAGGGAGUGGGGGACACAAAACUGAGGAUAUUAAAGUUCGAUUAUUCAUGGAGUGAUGCUGUUGAGGAGGAAGAGAGACGUGUGGAGGAGGAACAAAAGCAAAAAAUACAGAUGGAGAAAAAGUUUGAGAAAAAAAUUGCAGAGAAGAAAAAUUACAACACAAAUGACAACAGAUUUGCAACACCUUUAGAUUUUGGAGAUGAGGCAGUGAAAAAUUGGGAAACAAAGCUCCAGAUCCUCAAGUUUAGUUAUAGCUGGGCAGAUCAGGUUGAAAAAGAAGAAAAAGCAGCAAGUCAGGAGGCAAAACCUGCAGAGAACAGAGUUCCAAAGGAAGAAAAUAAAACAAAUAAUAGAAGCUUUGGAAAAACCCUGACAAAAGAUGAAGUAAACUUUCUUUUGGAGGGAAAUAAAAACUCUCCAAGGGGGAGGCUAAAAGCUUUCAUAAGAAAGCGGAGAGAAGAAGAAGAAGCCAAGGCCUGUAUCAACGAGGAAAACAAAACAAAGACUUCUAGAAAUGGUGGAACCCUGACAAAAGACCAGGCCAUUGCAAAAAAGUCUCCUAGGGGAAAGCUAACAGCAUUUAUCAAAAAACACAAAGAAAGGGAACUUGCAAAGGCCUUGAUUGAAAGAGAAAACAUAAAGAAAGUACAGGCUGCUGAUUUCACAAAACAGAAAGAUGCAGUGAAUACGGAAAAGGCAUUAGAUCAAGAAGCUUUUGGAGAUGAGAAGGAAUCCCCUGUUCUAGAGACUCCAACAUUUGGAGAUGAGAAGGAAUCCCUUGUUCUAGAGACUCCAACAUUUGGAGAUGAGAAGGAAUCCCUUGUUCUAGAGACUCCAACAUUUGGAGAUGAGAGGGAAUCCCUUGUUCUAGAGACUCCAACAUUUGGAGAUGAGAAGGAAUCCCCUGUUCCAGAGACUCCAACAUUUGGAGAUGAGAAGGAAUCCCUUGUUCUAGAGACUCCAACAUUUGGAGAUGAGAAGGAAUCCCCUGUUCCAGAGACUCCAACAUUUGGAGAUGAGAAGGAAUCCCUUGUUCUAGAGACUUCAACAUUUAGAAAUGAGAAGGAAUCCCUUGUUCUAGAGACUCCAACAUUUGGAGAUGAGAAGAAAUCCCUUGUUCUAGAGACUUCAACAUUUAGAGAUGAGAAGGAAUCCCUUGUUCUAGAGACUUCAACAUUUAGAGAUGAGAAGGAAUCCCCUGUUCUAGAGACUCCAACAUUUGGAGAUGAGAAGGAAUCCCCUAUUCCAGAGACUCCAAUGGAUGUGAAGAAAGAUAGCCAUAAACCGGAAGAGCUCUUGAUGGAUGAAAAAAUAGCAACACCAAUUGGAGAUACCGAAGUCUUAGAAGUCAACAAGGAUCUGAAGAUAACACUUGAGCUUUUGAAUAAGGAUGAUGAUAAGUAUGGUGAUGAUGAAGAUGACAUUGCUGAUGAUGAUGAUGAUGAUGACUGCUUAUUUGGGCCAAGAAAGCUAUUCUUCUUUGGCAUAGAUUAUUUUAAGGAUGCUGGAAAAGCUGUGUGGUGAAAAGAAGCAAGAGAGAAAGAAUGGAACAGAUAAAACUUAACGAAACUACUUAAGAAAGAA